AGCAAUGGUAACUAGGGAUGGUAAAAUAUCGACAUCGAAAUCCAACCUUGUCAACUCGUUAUCGCUCUCGUACGCAGGGAAAAAAUAAAUUUAGCAACAAAAGCAUAUUUAGCAGCAAAGUAACCGUGCUGAACGCCGCCAAUAUUGCUUUUUUUGGCUAGAAAACGCCUCGCGUCGUGUUAAAAGUGACCGCCCACCACGCGAUUAUAUCAAAUAUAAAUCAGAAAAUAGCCCAAGCAAAGGAAAAACGCAAAGUUUCAUACGUUUCAUCGUUCGUCCACUCUUCUGGUGCUGGCAAUUGGCUUGCACUCCCCCAAUCUAUUAUGAACAACAAUAGUAAGCGGAAAACUCGACCUAGUGGAGGAGGUGGCGGUGGCGGAGCCAGCGGCGGCAUCUCAAGAUACAACGCCAACGACAACAGUCUGAGACCAGCGAACAAUAAGUCAGGUGCGGCUGGAAACAGUGCAGGAGCAGGAGCAGGAACAGGCGGAACAGCAAUUCGACCGGUGGCGCAGGGCGUCUAUAAUAACACGUUUUUCAUGCACUCGGCUACGGCGCUGGUGGGCAGCGUUGUGGAGGUGGUCCUGCGUUCGGGUAAUAUCUACGAAGGCGUAUUCCGUACAUUCUCGGGCAAUUUUGACAUCGCACUGGAGCUACCGGCGUGCAUUAAGUCCAAGAAUCUUCCGGAAGAGGGCAAGGUGCCAAAACACAUUAUAUUCCCGGCCGACACUGUGGUUAAAAUCGUGGCGAAGGACUUUGAUUCGCAGUACGCCACCGCUGGCGCUUUUAAGACCGAUGAAGCCAUCUCUGAUAAGUGCAAUGGUGCGCGUCUGGACGAGAAGGAACUGGAGCCGUGGGACUCUGGCGCCAAUGGGGACAUUGAUAUAGAACUGGAUGGCGCUGCCAAUGGCUGGGAUGCCAAUGAGAUGUUCCGCAAAAAUGAGAAUACAUUCGGUGUGACUUCCACUUUCGACGACUCUCUGGCCACGUACACGAUCCCACUGGACAAAGGGGAUUCGCUAGAGUUCAAGGAGGCCGAGGCAAAGGCUGAAAAACUUGCUGCCGAAAUUGAAAACAAUCCGACGUGCCGCGACCGUCUGGACUUGGAGAAUGGUGAUGAGGAGGCACUCUUUGCUGCUGUCGAGCGUCCGGAGCAGGACCAUCGCCGCGAUGGUGACAGGGAGCGCGAGCGCAACGAUCGCGACAGGGAGCGUGAGGAGCGCGACAGAGACCGUGACCGUGAUCGUGGCAACAAGCCGCCACGUGGCGCUGGCGAUUUCCAGCUGCGCGAGACCAUGAGCAGCGAUCGGUAUAUUACAAAGCAGACGCGCGGACCCCAGAUGUCGCAUGUGGGCAUGUCCUCGCAGGGUGGUGGCGGCGGUGGUCGCGAUCGUGAUAAUGGUCUUAUGAUGCCCGGGGUCAUCAGUGGCGGCGGGGCUGGCCAGGGUGGCGCUACGCAGUCGGCUGCAGUUCUCUUGCUUGCAGGCGGCCUGAAGGCCUCUGGGCCAGCCUCGUCCGCCAAUGCGGCCGGCAUGGACGCCUCCGGCAAGUAUUCGAUGGUUAAGCGCAAGACGGUCACCCAAGGGGGCAAAGUAAUGCGCGGCAAUGUGCCCCCCAACAGCAGUGGCGGCGGCAAUAUCUCUGCCGUUCAAGGCGGCAACGGCAAUCCUGUGGGCCAGAGCAAGGGCGGCUAUCAGCCCACCAUGGUCAUGCAGAACCAGUAUGCGUAUCAGGGCAACUCGCAAAUAAUGCAUGGGUCCUCUCAAUACCGGAACCCAUCUCACAUGAGCGGCGGCCCCUCCAAGUUGAAUGGCGACGCGAACGCCAAUACCAAUAAGCCGCUUCCCCAGCGACAGAUACGCCAGUACCAAGGCUCUCAAAGCAAUUCGCUCAACUACGGAGGAGAGCCACAGCCGCAGAUGGGAAAGCCCAUGCACAGCUCUCAUGGCGGCCAUCCUGGCCAAAAUAGUAAUUCGCCGCCGCUGCAGACGGGUGGGCAGCCGCAACAGCAGCAACAGCAACAACAAGCGCCACAACAGCAGCAGCACCAGAACAUGGCGCCACAGGGCCAACAGCCACAGCCGCAACGUCAGAUGCGGUCUCGCGAUAAUCAGCUACAGGAUCUGCGACAGUUUGGCCAGGACUUCCAGCUAGCUCCAACAAAUAAUUCACCGCCACAGCAGCAGCCGCAGCAGCCACAGCAGCAACAGCAGCAGGUGCAGGUGCAGGCUCAGGUGCAACAGCAACAGCGUGCUCUUCUGCAAUCGGCCUCGCCACCGCAGCAGCAGAGCCAACAACAGCAGCAGCAGCAGCAACAACAGCAUGUGCCCAUGCAGCACCAAGGGCCACCACCUCAUCUGCAUCAGGCAGCUCUAUCACAGCCACACUAUGUGCCUCAACCACAACAGCAGCAGCCGCAGCCUCAGCAGCAGCCACCGCCUCCCCAACAGCAGCAGCAACAGCAGCAUGUACCGCUGCACUUGCAACAGAAAGCUCAGCAGCCGCCACAGCAGCAGCAACAGCAACAGCUGGUGGAGACCCAACACCAACUCGUGCCUAAGCAGCAUCAACAGCCACCAGCGCAGCAGCAGCAGCAGCAACAGCAGCCACAGCUGGCGCCGGAGCCAUCCCAGCAGCCGCUGCCUUUAUACCAUCCAAUGCCACCGCCACAGACGUCGCCGGUAGUGAUUACGUCUCCGGUCCUGCUGGAGGCGCCGCCGCCGCAGAUACUGACGGCCCAACAGCCGCCGCAGCAGCAGCAGCUGGCGGCCACACCCAAACCAGAUGCCUCUCCGGCAACUGGCAGCAACACCACAACGCCCACUGGCAUAGUCAGUACGCCCACGACGGCGGCUGCCUCCAGUGCUGGGUCCGAGAAGUCCACGCCUGCUGCUGCAUCGAGUGGAGCCACCAGUGGAACCGCAGCCGCAGCUGUCGGCGCACCUGGUGCUACUGGUUCUAGCGGAAGUACGCCUGUGGUAAAGAAACACGUGCUCAAUCCUUCGGCCAAGCCUUUUACGCCACGGGCGGGGGCCGGCACACCCAACCCCUCGCGACCCCAUACGCCACAGACGCCGGUGCCAAUGCCGGGCAUUUAUACGACCACGGGCACACAUGUACCGGCGGCGGCGACCAAUCAGCCCAUAUACGUUGUGCAGCAGCAGCAUCCAUUCCCGCCACCUACACACCCACAGGCCGGACAGCCACCGCGCCUACGUCGCAAUAACUAUGCUCCAAUGGGAGCCUCGCAGAUGCAUGUCUCGGCAACCACGGCCACCGGACAGCCGCUUAUGGCCGCCGGUCCCAUGACGCAGUUCAUCCAAUACCCGCACGCACCACAACAACAUUUCCAAUCACAGGGAUAUGCGCCCAUGCCGAUGCGCUUGUAUCCGGAUCAACAGCCGCAGUUGCAGUUCCUGACACAGACGCCACAGUCGACCACGCCAUCGCCAGGACAGCCGCAUCAGCCGUUCCAUCCGCCACCACAGCCCUCCCCUGCCGGCGGGGGACCACAGCCGGCAUACACGCCGCCCACACAGCAAACAUACCAGUUUAUGUGCUUGCAUUCCCAACACGUCCUACCCAAUCCAUAUUUCCAAACACAGCCGGCGCCACAUCAUGCGCCGCAAAAUCCACAGUAUCAGAUUGUGAUGCAGCAGCAUCACGCACAGUGAGGAUGCCACCCGAACAACAGCAACAGCAACAGCUGCACCUGCAGCUGCAGUGCCAAUGGGCAGGGGCAGGGGAAGGCAUUGUCGCGCUGUAAGGAACGGAAUCUGUACGGGCAGGCAGCCAGUCAUCAACAAGCCACAUUUACACACCACAUAGCCACAUAGCCACCAGCAUACAAAAAUCGCUACACCAUCCUUCAUUCGCAUUCGACCUUGAGUAGGCGCGCGCGGCUUUUGUAGUCGCUCCAAGCGAUCCCCAAAAAAAACACGCAUCCAAUCCCAUCCCAUACCCCCAAAAUCGUUUGCCAUGUGCAGGAACGGUUCAUUCUGUAGUACAUCUCACAGACCGAGACAACAACUAGGAAAUUAUAAAAUACAAUUAAAAAAAAAAACAAAAACAAAAAGGAAACUAGUAAAUUUUGAAAUUGCAAGACUUCUACAGCGCACGGAAGCGAACAAAACAACAAAAAAAGCAAUCACUGAACAACAAACACCAAACGUAUAGAAACUACAAAAAAACAAAAUAAACAAAAACAAAAACGAAAAAAAAGCAAAGUUUGAGAUGAAGAAGCAAAGCUAAAAGCAGAAGUCGAAGUCGAAGAAACCCCAAAUUUAUUUGUUAACAACAAAGUGUAUAAUGAAAGCAAUGAGAGGAGCGUUUCCAGCCCCCGGCUCGUCCCGCCCACUUGCGCCCCUAGGCAACUUCCAAAUCAAAUCUGAAGAUUGGCUACUCCAAAAUGAAUACAAAAAAAAAAAACAUAAAUCGAAAAUCGAUUAGCGAAGCGAAAAGAAGUCAAAUCAAAAGUUUCAGCAAAAAGUCGGAAUAGGACGGAGGAGCUACAUUUUGUAAAACAUUGUUUUAAACAUUAUCCUUAGAUUGCACCUUUUGCUGUCCUAUAGUUUUAUCCGAUUUGGCGAGCCUCACCAACACACACAAACAAAGACCCCAUCACACCGACACAAGACAUGCCACAAAUUUCCCCCCCAGCCGCACACCCAAAAUCCCUCCCGACGAAGAAAGAAAGCGACGUGCAGUCUCACACCAAAACCCAAAAGUCAUCAUUCCAAGUUGAAUUUUCCAAAAUGUGCAGGCAGUUGUAACCCCGCGAUGGAUGGGUGGAUUGAUGUAGGCCCAAGCCGAAACCCUUUGGGCUUGCACUGCGGGAAAUGAAAAAAACGAAUGUGGAUUUCUAGAAAAGCAAUACAUUUUUAUUUGUUUCCCUCAUUUUUCUGUAAAACUAAUUAAUUUGAUAGAAAUUGAAUUUUGUUUUGUUAGCCUUUGUUUUGCACUUAAUUCUAUAGCAUUUAUUGGACAUGUUUUGAAAAGUUUUGAUACAAUUUUCCUUGGCCAUUUGGACCAGGAUAUAGGAUCUUGUGUCUCUGACUUCUUUCUGGGUUUUGAGUGCCGCCUCCGUUGUCCUUUUACAAAACUGAAGAAGAACAAACCGUAUUAAUAUACUUUGCCGGUCAUAAAAAAAAACACAGUUUGAUUAUAAUUCGUAUAUGAUCAAUAAGAGCAUCUGUUGUGGUCUGUUUUGUUUUGUAAACCUUCAAGUUUCCUUAAAUGAAAAAAAA